GCCUCUCUCUUUCAUUGUUUCUAACUUUUACACUGUGACUUUCCUGGAACAUUCCACUAUGCUUCAGGGAUUUAAGCCCUUUCACUGCUUGGUGAUGGAAGCUAAUCUGAAACGUUAAUCACAUCAGGGGCGGAUCUACAGGGGUUGCAUGGGGUGACAGGUGCCACCCCAGCUGAGAGCCUUGCCACCCCUGUUGCCACCCCAGCAACAGGGGCGACUGAACUCAAUAAAGAGUUAUGGCAAAUCGGACAUUAAGCGCAUGGAUCUCUUUUUUCCGAGAACCUUGAAUGCAACAUGCAACCUGACACCUACUGCUAAGUAGAGGAAAAUGCGAGAGGAACUGAACCCGAGGCAGCAGCAUUGAUACAUAUGGAUGGAUAUGUGUUACUGGACUGGGCUUUACGUGACUUGUCGUGCACCACGCGUGCGCCAUUGCUGUCCAUUGAGUCAGGAAUAUCGGUGGUCAGGAAAAUACCACAAUCACGCAAAGAAUCUGAAAAAUGGACGAAAUGUUUAGCGGUCAAUUCAACCCUAUGACAGGGUUUCACAUUUAACAGGUGAGGAAAAAGUUUUAAUUUAAAGAAAAUAUUGGAAAAAGUGAGCAGUGAGUCAGUUAUGUUAGCUUAACUGUUGCUGGCCCACUAUUGACUUUUGAUAACAACACGUGCUGCUCAGUUCCGUUAGCACUAAAAUAGGACAACCCGCACACCAAGUCAUCAGCAGAGCAGCGCUAAUCAACCGCCGCUGUGUUCAGGCGAAAAUGUAUUAAUAAUGACAAUAUAGACACCAAGCCUGACAACAUAAUGCGCCCGCAUCAUCAUGGCGUGCAGAGACGUGGAGAGGGCCGAGGAGGCGCGGAGCGACAUCUUGGAGGACACGGGCAAUGAGAACAUCAUCAUCAGGAAGCUGGAUCUGUCCGACACAAAGUCCAUCAGGGCUUUUGCUCAAAUUAUUAACAGAGAAGAGAAGCAAGUGAAUAUCUUGAUAAACAAUGCAGGCAUCAUGAUGUGCCCUUACUCCAAGACUGUGGAUGGCUUUGAAAUGCAGUUUGGAGUUAAUCAUUUGGGUCAUGUCCUCUUAACCUACCUGCUGCUUGACCUCAUCAAAUGUUCAGCUCCGGCCCGCAUUGUCGUUGUGGCGUCGGUGGCCCACACUUGGACUGGCCUUCGACUUGAUGACAUCAACAGUGAAACGAGUUAUGAUGCUAUGAAAGCUUACGGACAAAGCAAACUGGCUAACGUCCUGUUUGCACGCUCUCUUGCCAAACAGCUACAAGGAACUGGUGUAAGUGUCUUUUCUCUGCACCCUGGAGUGGUCCAGUCUGACCUGUGGCGACACCAGCACCAGUGCAUACAAGUGGCAGUGAAGAUCUUCCGGAUUUUUACCAAGACAACAGUGGAGGGAGCACAGACCACCAUCUUUUGUGCUGUGGAACAAGGCCUGGAGAGCCAGAGUGGAAACUAUUUCAGUGACUGUGCGCCUGCACGCUGCUCAAGGACUGCUGCUAAUGAUGACUUGGCCCAGAGGCUGUGGGAGGUGAGCUGCAACAUGCUUGGCAUCACCUGGCAGUGAAGAGCUGCGGAUUAACUACGUGUCAUACAUAUCACAUGUCGAAAGCACUGUUAUGCACUUUUAUGAACCUACGACUCGUUUGAGAAUUUUGGCCGUUCUGAGUGAGGUUGAGUGUGAAGCAACGAGGGCUUCUCCAAGUUUUUCUUUCAUUUUCCAUCAACGGAAAGAAAUCACAUGUCGAAUUUAAUCAGCAUUUACUGAAUUAUUUCCGAUGUAAAACCUUUUAAAGCAUUCCAGAUACAUAGAAGUUCUAAGUAUUUAUUUGUUGUGUAUCUUGUACUAAAACGGUGCUUUGUCAUGAGAAUCAGUCAGCCAGUAUGUUAUGCUUUAAUUUAGUUGAAUCAGAUCUGAGCAGCAAUUACAUGUUAUUGCUGUUUACAUUUUUUUAUUACUAAGAUGGAAUGUAGCAUUUGCUUAGCUAUAUUGCAACAAAGAGACUCAAAAAUGCUUUUAUAAGUCUAUUUACUCAGCAUUUUUAUUAUUUGCAUCAUUUACAUGUUAGUUGUUUUCAAAGAAGAUUCCGUGAACUGUUACUUAAAGAUGUUGCCGAUGGUAUUACUUCAAUAGAUACUUACACAAAUAGUCUAAUUUUAAUUUUUUUUUAAAGAGUCAGUGAAGACAGAUUCCCCUGAAGGUAGAAUGUGUUGAAAAUCUUCUUUUGUUAGAAUCUUUGUUCCCUUUGUAAAGCUCUUUGUACAUCUAUUGAUCAGUAAAAUUCCAAUCCAUGUAAACAGUUUUAUAUCGAACUGUA